AUGAAAAAAAGUAAAAUAAAAUAAUUAAUUUGUGAUGUAAAAGACAAUGUAUUAAAAUCUACACAUAAUAGCAAUCCAAUUGUGAAGUGGGCUUAAAGAAAAGACAACAUAUUCUUGACAGUCGAAGUCAGAGACCUAAAGGAAGAGAAAGUCGAAUUGACAUCAACAUCCUUGAAAUUUAGUGCUAAUGCUGAAGGCGUGAAUUAUGCAUUUGAAAUCAAUUUCUAUGCCGAAGUCGUCGUUGAAGACAGUAAAUGGACUAAUUAUGGAGUCAAUGUAAGAUUCAUUUUGAGCAAAAAAGACUAAUCUGCCUCCUAUUGGACUAGAUUGAUCAAAGAAACACAUAAAUUGUAGUACAUCCAAGUUGACUGGACCAAAUAUAUCGAUGAAGAUGAUGAAGCUGAAGAAGGAGGAAAAGGAUUGGAUGAUUGGAAUGGCAAUAAUUUCUAAGGAUUUGAUGGAUAGGGUUAGCCAGAUGAGGAUGAUGAAGAAGAAUAAGAAUAAGAAUAAGAAUAAACAUAAGAAGAAUAAUAAGAAUAAUAAUAAUAAUAAGAAGAAGCAUAAAAUUAAUGAGUUAUUUAUUAAGUAAAUAGUAAUCGUUUUUAUUAA